AUGGCCCUGACCAUGCUGAGUGAGCCCCCAGUUAAGGACCCAGGCCCACCCAUGCUGCUGUACCAACUUAGCAAGACUGCCCAGUUAGAGACCCUCAAUUACCAGAGCUGCUCUAUGCAGGGCAUUUUUGCCCAGUUCCCUGAGAUCUUAUUUAUCCACCGGACCUAUAACCCAGUAGGCAAGGUGUUAUACACCUUCCUGGUAGACGGACCACAGGUACGGCUAGAGGGUGCCCUUGCCCGUGCAGUCUACUUUGCCAUCCCUGCCAAGGAGGAUGCUGAAGGCCUGGCCCAGAUGUUCCAGGUGUUCAAGAAGUUUAACCCAGCGUGGGAGAGGGUCUGUACCAUCCUGGUGGAUCCCCACUUCCUCCUGCUGCCUACCCUGGCCAUGGAGUUCCCUGCUGCUGAGGUCCUGCUCUCAGCCUUCCACAUCUGUAAGUUCCUCCAGGGCAAGUUCUAUCAACUGUCCCUUGAGCGGCCAGUGGAGAAGGUGCUCCUGACCUCCCUGCAGAGCACGAUGUGCUCAGCCACUGCUGGCAACCUGAGGAAGUUGCAUGCGCUCCUGAGCAGCUGCAUCCCCCCGGCCCAGCUGCCCGAGCUCUACUCACACUGGCUGCUCAAUGACCGCAUCUGGCUGGCGCACCGCUGGCGGAGCCGCGCCGAGAGCAGCCUCUACUUCCAGGGCCUGGAGGUCACCACCCGCACCCUCAGCCAGUUCUUCAGCACCCCGUGUGUGGAACAAGGCAUGGCCUCUCUGCUCCAAUACAUGCAGCAGAACUCUGGAGACAGGGCAGGCUUCAGCCUGGGUCUGAGCCCUCAGAGCAGUGCUACCCACUUAGACACCACCCCUGAAAGCCCCCACGUAGUGCAGCUGGUAGAGUCCCACAUCCAGCACUCCCUCAGUGUCAUCUGCACGGAGCCAGCUGCACAGCUCUGCCUGGGCGAGUUUGCUGUCGUCCAGAAGUCUGUGCAUCUCAUUGGCUCUGGCUCAGAAAAGGUGAACAUCCAGAUCCUGGAGGACACCCACAGGGUGCAGCCCCAGCCCCCUGCCAGCUGCAGCUGCUACUUCAACCAGACCUUCCACCUGCCCUGCCGCCACAUCCUCGCCACACUCAAUGCCCGCCACCAGGUGCUGCAGCCCGACAUGCUGCCAGCUCAGUGGGAGGCAGGCCGUGCUGCCAGUCUAGAAGGCAUCCUGGGCAGCCAGUGGAGCGAGACCCUGGAAAAGCGCCUGGCAGUGGCUUUCCUCACUGAAGAGGUCAGGCGGCUCUUGCAGCACUGUAGCCAGGAGGAGUUUGAGCGGCGAUACAACACCCUGCGGGAACUUGCCGACAGCUGGAUCGGCCCUUAUGAGCAGGUCCAAGUCUGAUCGCCGUCAGUGCCCAGACAUGUUCAUGCAUGUGUACAUGUUCACAUCCUCCCCUGCACACACACACACACACACCCAGCUGUAUUUCUGUGGGCCCUCCUCCGGGAAAGGAAGGACAAGGGUCUCCUCCAUUGUAACUGCUACCUACAAGCCUUUCAAAAGGUAAAAACCAUUCUUCACUGGAGGGUCUUAAAAACAGGCAGUCUCUGCAUUAAGACAUAGGACAUUGCGUGGAGAGGUUGAGAGCUGGGCUUGGUCACAACUUCCCAGGUCACGCGAUGACUUCCCUACCCCAUCUCCUGGGAGAGAACAGGCCUAGAAGCCUUCCCUCAGAGGAAAAGGCCCCUCGGGAGGUGGCCCCACCAGGCUCCCAGUAUUUCCCUCCCUUCUCUGUCCUGGGGUCAUUAAAGUUGAAUGCAGCACAUUCCA